UGGUUCCUUUCGGUUCCUGUCUGCCGUGCGUGAUCCGUAUUGCAAUGUGGGACUACGUGGACUGGUGGUCCGCGUUUGGGUAUUUGUUAUUGUUGGCGGGAUUUAUAUUUGCGGUGCUGUGCGUCUUUCUCUAUGCCACCUCAUCGAGAAUACCGCUAAUUAUUCGGUACUCCGAAGAAUUCAAUUUCAAGGACCCUUCACAACCCGGCCAAAGCUUUCAGUACCCUCAUCUCAGAGAUGAACCAAGCAUCGAUCUCUCCGUUAUCGUCCCUGCAUACGAAGAGGAGAAGCGUCUUCCCCCUAUGCUCGACGAGUGCCUGGAGUAUCUGGAGGCCAGGCAGAAGAGGGAUCCAAACUUCACCUAUGAAGUGAUCAUCGUCGAUGAUGGAAGCCGGGAUCGAACGACGUCUGUUGGUAUGCAGUACAGCCUCAAGUAUGGAACCGAGAAGGUCCGGGUCCUAACACUGGCCAAGAACCGUGGAAAGGGUGGUGCUGUGCGCCUGGGGAUGCUUAGCGCCAGAGGGAGGCACCUGCUUUUUGCAGAUGCCGAUGGCGCAACACAGUUCUCUGACCUGGACAAGCUUGAAGAAGUGGCAAAUGAGCUGCUCAAGCAGAGCACUAAUGUGGUGGUAGUUGGUUCACGUGCACAUCUGGAGAAGGAUAGCAUCGCCGAGAGGUCAAUAUUUAGGACAUUCCUUAUGUAUGGAUUCCAUUUCCUUGUUUGGCUCUUCACCGUGAGGGGCAUUGCGGACACACAAUGUGGUUUCAAGCUCUUCAGCCGGGAAGCAGCAACACACCUGUUCACCUCGCUGCAUGUGGAGAGGUGGGCUUUCGACGUCGAGAUCCUGUACAUAGCUCAAUCACUGAAGUUUCCUAUAGCUGAAGUUGCUGUUCACUGGACAGAGAUUGAAGGCUCUAAAGUUGUACCCAUCUGGACAUGGGUAGAGAUGGGUCGGGACCUUUUUCUUAUCUGGUUACGGUACAAGAUCGGUGCUUGGUCUAUUGCAGCACAGCCAAAAAAGCUCAAAUGAGUGACACUAGUCUUAUUUCAUUUUUAUAUGCUUCUCUCUUUUCUACACGCUCUUGUUAUAUGUAUGCUGUGACGCGCAGUGUGCUGGAACAUGGUCUGCGCAGGUAAAUAAAUGCUUUUUUCAAAAUAAACCUUGGUCAUGUGA